UUGAAAACGGUUAAAAUCGCGUUUACCGGUACGGUGAGAACAGUUUAUCCGGUGUUGUAAAUGGAAACCAAUUUAGAAGAAAGUUCAUAGAAAAUGAGUGACAGUUUGUAUCGGCGACCGUUCGAAAGUGGUGUCCAAGAGUCCAAUCAUUUCAACAUGUGCCAGCGAUUGCUGGCGAAAAAGGAAAAUAAACGAAAAACCUUCACCAUAGACGACAUUUUGGGACUUUCUUCCGAUAAACUGAACGUUGCACAAAAAAGCCAACUGGAAUCCUGCCAGCACAAUUAUAAUAUUGGCGUUUCAGAGGAAAUGUAUUCUAAAGCGUCAGCGAAGCGACGAAAACAAGGCGCGGAGCGCAAACCACGACAAGCAUACAGCGCUAAACAGUUGGAGAGGCUAGAAAACGAAUUCAAACAGGACAAAUACCUCUCGGUCAGCAAGCGGCUCGAGCUCUCGAAGAGCCUCAAUUUAACGGAAGUGCAAAUAAAAACGUGGUUUCAAAAUCGUCGCACCAAAUGGAAGAAGCAGCUAACCUCCCGGCUAAAGAUCGCCCAUCGGCAGAGUCUCUACGCUAGUCAGUUUAUCGGUACAACGAAUUUCCCGUUCAUAUCGGCCUCCCCCAGUCUGGUGCAAGCGUCGAUACUGAGCUUCAAUGUUCCCAAAAUGACUGACAAAAGCAUCGAACGGCUCUUUUCGCAGUGAAAACGGGGAGGGGUUAUAUGUAGAUGAAAACUAAAAUCUAAUAUACAUAUCUUUAUUACUCAAAACCAACUUUAUUUACUCAUUUGCACUAAAACUGUACGAAG